AUGUCUUGGCCCGUGCGGGAACAUCGAACCACGCCACUGCCACCAAGCCUGGCCUGUCGCUUAGGCUCCAUUUCAUCUUCACAGACACAACCCGUAGAGGAGACCCAUCCCUACCCGUCAAGGUGGCCCAUAAAUACAACGGUCGGUGCAUCGUUUUCACAACCCGAACCAUCAAGCCUUAGAAAUGAAAUGUCAACGUCAAUGAACCGCCUCACGCAGGAUCCCCUCACAGCCCUGUCGUGCGUUGAGGAGCUGCCAUCCAGGGAGCUCCCCUGGCACCCCCCGCGUUCACUCCCACCUCCCUCCUACCGAAGUCAUAUCCCUCUUGCACUACAGCAAAGUCAGGUAAUUUACCCCGUUCCGGCAAUGGCGGGGGGAAGGACCUCGGCGGCGCCUUCUUCCUCGAUCCCUGCCCCAACCGGAGCGGAGCCCCGACGAGGUUUGGACGCCCAAACGCAAAAGCCGUGCGGGGCGGAUAUCGGCGUCGCUUUGCAGGGCAUCCGGGACUCGGUAAUCCAGCAAACCUCCAUCCUUCAGGCUCAAUCGGAGCUCCAGCAGUCCCUCCUGCACGCCACCUUGCAGGCUCAGGAAAAUUUCGAUCGUGUGUUCGUCGCGUUUAAAGACGAACUACGCGCGACGCGAGAGGCUUUAGUACUUUUCCUAGGCAACCGAACCCACCCAGGGGCUCAAUCAAGUCCCACUCGCAAUACACUACACAACAACACCCAAACAACCCCGAAGGAUGAAAUCUGUCCAGAAAAAAUGACCCUUUCCAAUCACAUCGACAGUGCCAAACGCCAAAACCGAAAUCUCAGUUUACACCGCACCAAUGUCGUGACGCUUUUGGGCGCCGCGUUAUCCAAUCAAAGUAAUUCCUUCACAAACUCCCCAUCCGAUGCCGCGGGGUUGCGAAACGAGACGAGCACUUCGCACCGCGCGGGGUCUCCGGUGUUAUGCGAUUCCUUCCCCGUCCGCAGUGGGGUGAUCUCGUCCUUCAAAAGGCGAAUUAACCCAACCGAACCUUAUGAUGACGGGGCCGCUGGGGAUGAAUUAGGCGGCAAAAAAAAGCAGCAGCGACGGAGCAUGGAGUCGGAAACCCUUUCGGUGAUGCACCUAUCCGGUGCUGCUUCGGUCGGUGAUGAGAAAACCGUUGAUCCUGAAGAAGACAUAUUCUUUAUGUAA